AUGUCAAACUCAUUCUUUGAGCGGGCCAACCCGCCGCCACGGCGGAAAACAUGUACAGCCUGCACCAAAGCCAAGCGCAGAUGCGACCACGGCCAACCCGCAUGCUUGCGGUGCUCGAGGCGGAAUAUCGCCUGCGACUACUCCGCUCCGCCAAUACCGAUCAGAUCAAAGGCGAGCAAUCGCGAUCUCAUUGUGCGAGCCCCGAAGCCUCGGCGACAGCAUCAUCAAAGCAGUGCAGCUCCAAGUCCCGUUCCCCUCCUCGACGACAACGCUGGCUCCAGCGCUUCCCUCACUCCUUGGUCCCAGAAUCCGGAUCUUUUACCUUUAGACAUGGGAGACUUGGAAGAUGUCAAUUUUGAUCUGGCCUUUGACGAACUCAUCACCAGUGAAGCCUUCCUCGAAGGGGCCUUGAUCGCUCCUUCCCUCACGCCCAAGCCAGACGAUAUGCUUGUCCCAUCUUACGACUCUGCCCCAGGCUCACUUGAGAGUGUGAUAGCCAACCGUCUUCAGUAUGCCCUUGAUGAAAUUGAAAAGGUUCCGACCACGGUGGUGAUGGAGAACCAAGCUCCGUGGAGCCAUCCCUGUUUGUAUCGAGCCCACAUGCCCCGAGACAUGCAAGAUGCUCAAGCCUGCUGCGCUCUUUACAUAGCCAAGAACAAAAUCAACUCAUCCUUCGUCCUACGUACCAUCCAAGCCAGAGCUCACGAGCUGCUCGCCUCGCCAAUGCCCAAGAACCGCCUCGACAUUCUAGCUCGCUUCCACGCCAUUCUCCUCUACCAAAUAAUCCGCCUGUUCGACGGCGACAUCUCCAUGCGGGCCUCCGCUCAACACACCUUAUCCUCUCUAGAACACACCAUACUCGCCCUACUGCCGUUUGUGAAGUGGGAACCGGAACAGCCUGCCACUGGCCCGGCCCAAGACUACACCGCAUGCCCGACCAAGGACUUUUGGCAGGAAUGGAUCUUCCAAGAGUCAGCUCGACGUACCAUAUUCUUCACCUGUUUCUUCCUUGUUGCCUAUAGUGCUCUGGUCGGCACGCUUACCAAUGGAUGUGAGGAACGAUACGUGUUUUGUCAGUCGUGGACCAUGUCCGCUCAUCUUUGGAAGGCGCCUACCGUAGUUGACUUUGCUGUUGCUUGGAAGGAGAAGCAGCACCUUGUGAUUACAAAGCAGGGCUUUGAGGAAGCCUUGAGGGAUGCUGCUGCUGAUGAUAUUGACGCGUUUGGAAAGAUACUCUUGGUCAGCGCGUUGGGCAUUGAAGAUGCGAGGCUGUGGUUUUACAACAGGGGCAGCUCUUUGUGA